AUGGCCUCGGUCCUGGGGGCCAGCAGGGCGUCCGGAGGGCCGAGCGGUCAACUCAAGUGCAAGUGCAAGAGGCGGCGGCGGCGGCGGUCCAAGCGGAAAGACAAAGUAAGCAUGUUGUCAGCCUUCAUCGCUCCCUUCAAGCACUUAGGCCCCGGGGCCACCAACACGGCGGACGAAGACAAUCUAAGUACCAGCAGCGCAGACGUGAAGGAAAACCGCAACGUGAGCAACUGGGAGGCGAGGCCCCUGGCCACCAGUGACCGGGCCCGAGGCAGAGCCCCGGGCGUGAAGCGCAAGAGGCCGCUGGAGGAGGGCAACGGCGGGCACCUGUGCCCCCUGCAGCUCGUCUGGAAGCAGCUCUCGUGGUCCGUGGCCCCCAAGAACGCGCUGGUGCAGCUGCACGAGCUGCGCCCGGGCCUGCAGUACCGCAUGGUGUCCCAGACGGGCCCCGUGCACGCCCCGGUCUUCGCCGUGGCCGUGGACGUCAACGGGCUCACCUUCGAGGGCACCGGGCCCACCAAGAAGAAGGCCAAGAUGCGGGCGGCCGAGCUGGCACUGCGGUCCUUCGUGCAGUUCCCCAACGCCUGCCAGGCCCACCUGGCCCUGGGCACCGGCGCCGGCCCGUCCACGGACUUCACCUCUGACCAGGCCGACUUCCCCGACACGCUGUUCAAGGAGUUCGAGCCUGCCGCCCCCAGCGCGGCCUUCCCCAGCCGCCGCCCCGCCGAUCCAGGGCUGCUGCCCGCGGCACGCCCUCGGGGGCGGCUGCUCUGCCACCCGCUGGACCUGGUGGGCCCCGCGGCCCCGGGCGACAGGAACCCCGUGGUUGUGCUGAACGAGCUGCGCUCCGGCCUGCGCUAUGUGUGCCUCGCCGAGCCGGCGGAGAGGCAGCGCGCCAAGAGCUUCGUCAUGGCCGUGUGCGUGGACGGCAGGACGUUCGAGGGCUCGGGACGCAGCAAGAAGCUGGCCAAGGGCCAGGCGGCGCAGGCCGCGCUCCAGGCCCUCUUCGACAUCCAGCUGCCGGGCCACGUCCCCAGCAGGAGCAGAAGUCACCUCCUGCCCCAGGAAUUCGCGGACUCCGUGUCCCAGCUGGUGACGCAGAAGUUCCGCGAGCUGACGGCGGGGCUGGCGUCGGCGCACGCCCGCCACAAGGCGCUGGCGGGGAUCGUCAUGAGCACAGGCUUGGACGUCAGGCAGGCGCAGGUCAUCGUCCUGUCCUCGGGCACCAAGUGCAUCAGCGGGGAGCACAUCAAUGAUCAGGGGCUGGUGGUCAAUGACUGCCACGCAGAGAUCGUGGCCCGGAGGGCGCUGGUCCACUUCCUGUACGCACAGCUGGAGCUGCACCUCAGCCAGCGGCGGGAGGACUCGGAGCACUCGAUAUUCCAGCGGUCCCAGGACGGCGGCUACCGGCUGCGGGACAACGUGCUGUUCCAUCUGUACGUGAGCACGUCCCCGUGCGGAGAUGCCAGGCUGCACUCGCCCUACGAGAUCACGGCCGACCUGAACAGCAGCAAGCACAUUGUCAGGAAGCUCCGUGGACAUCUGCGCACGAAGAUCGAGUCUGGGGAAGGCACCGUCCCCGUGCGCGGACCCAGCGCCGUGCAGACGUGGGACGGCGUCCUGCUGGGUGAGCAGCUGGUCACCAUGUCCUGCACCGACAAGAUCGCCAGGUGGAACGUGCUGGGGCUGCAGGGCGCGCUGCUCUGCCACUUCAUCGAGCCCGUGUACCUGCACAGCAUCAUCGUGGGCAGCCUGCACCACACCGGCCACCUCUCCCGGGUGAUGAGCCACCGGACCGAGGGCAUCGGCCAGCUGCCGACCGCCUACCGCCACAACCGGCCGCUCCUCAGCGGUGUGAGCCACGCCGAGGCGCGCCAGCCCGGAAAGUCCCCGCACUUCAGCGUGAACUGGGUGGUGGGUAACACGGACGUGGAGGUCAUCGACGGCACCACCGGCAGGAGGAGCUGCGGGGGGUCCUCGCGGCUCUGCAAGCACAUGUUCUCGGCACGGUGGGCGCGGCUUUACGGAAAGCUGAGCACACGGAUCCCGAGCCAGGGAGACACGCCGUCCGUGUACUGUGAGGCCAAGCGGGGGGCCUGCACCUACCAGUCUGUUAAGCAGCAGCUGUUCAGGGCGCUUCAGAAGGCCGGGCUGGGCACGUGGGUGAGGAAGCCGCCCGAGCAGGACCAGUUCCUACUAAGCCUCUGA